GGAAGAAGAAGAGACGUUGGUGACCAGACAUCAGCAGUCUAUGGAGGAGAGUUGUCCUCUGUAUUCCCAGAAUUCUACAUGGGAAGAUCACCACUAUACAGAGAAUGAUCAGAAUGAAGAACGGAAAGACAUCAAAGUUGAGGGUAAAGAGGAAGAAGAAGAGAGGUUGGUGAGUGGAAAUCAGCAGUCUAUGGAGGAGGGGGAGAUGAUUAUGGAAAAUAAACAGGAGGAAUCUUCUCUACAUAAGGACACAACAGAUGGACGGUGUUUCUGGAAUAUAAAUCCAUUGGAGGGACAUCUUAUUAUAUCUCCAGAUUGUAAGGCAGAAGAUACCGACAUUCCACAAUAUUCUCCCAAAGUCACCUCUGAUUGGUUGGUUAGAUCAUCAGAUCCUUCCAAUACUGAGGAACCUUCUGAUAAAUCCCAUACUAUGACAUCAGAGGUCCAUCCAAGUUCUCACAGUGCUGACAGAUCACCAGAUCCAUCAAAUCCACAGACAUCUUCUUCAAGCCAUAAGAAGGUUCACACAGGAGAGCGUUCAUUCUCAUGUUCAGAGUGCGAGAAAUGUUUCAAACGUGAAAAAGAUCUUAUUGGACACCAGAGAAGUCACACUGGUGAGCGUCCUUUCCUUUGUUCAGAGUGCGGAAAAUCUUUCACUACAAACAAAAACCUUCGCAGGCACCAGAAAAUUCACACCGGUGAACGUCCUUUCUCAUGUUUAGAGUGUGGGAAAGGGUUCCUUAAAAAAGAAAACCUUCUUAAACAUCAGAGAAUUCACACUGGUGAGCGUCCCUAUUCAUGUUCAGAGUGCGGGAAAUGUUUCACUCAGAAACAACAACUUAAUGUACACCAGAAAAUUCACACAGGUGAGCGUCCCUAUCAAUGUUCAGAGUGCGGGAAAAGUUUCAUUCGGAAAUCAGUCCUGCUUUCCCAUCAAAGAAUUCACACUGGUGAGCGUCCUUUCUCUUGUUCAGAGUGCGGGAAAGGUUUCCUUAAAAAAGAAACCCUUAUUAUACACCAGAGAACUCACACAGGUGAGCGUCCGUUUUCUUCUUCAGAGUGCGGGAAAAGCUUCCAUAAAAAAGAGGCACUUAAUGUACAUGAUAGAAUUCACACCGGUGAGCGUCCUUUCUCUUGCUCAGAGUGCAGAAAAGAUUUCCUUGAAAAAGCAACCCUUAUUAUACACCAGAGAACUCACACAGGUGAGCAUCCGUAUUUAUGUUCAGAGUGCGGGAAAUGUUUCAUUGAAAAGAAAAACCUUCUUGGACAUCAGAUAAUGCACACUGGUGAGCGUCCUUUCUCAUGUUCAGAGUGUGGGAAAAGUUUUACUCGUAAAAGAGAACUUGUUGAACACCAGAGAAUUCACACUGGUGAGCGUCCCUAUUCAUGUUCAGAGUGCGGGAAAUGUUUCACUCAGAAACAACAACUUAUUGUACACCAGAAAAUCCACACAUGUGAGCGUCCCUAUCAAUGUUCAGAGUGCGAGAAAAGUUUCAUUCGUAAAUCAGUCCUGGUUUCCCAUCAAAGAAUUCACACUGGUGAGCGUCCUUUCUCUUGCUCAGAGUGCGGGAAACGUUUCCUUAAAAAGGGAAACCUUACUGAACACCAGAAAAUUCACACAGGUGAGCGUCCUUUCCCUUGUUCGGAGUGCGAGAAAGGUUUCUUUAAAAAAGAAAGACUUAUUGUACACCAGAGAAAUCACACUGGCGAGCGUCCUUAUCCAUGUUCAGAGUGCGGGAAAGCUUUUGCUCAGGAAGGUGUACUUGUUGAACACCAGAGAAUUCACACAGGUGAGCGUCCUUAUCCAUGUGUAGAGUGCGGGAAAUCUUUCAUUCAUAAAAGAAGCCUUGUCACACACCAGAAAAUUCACACAGGUCCGGAUCUUUCGCUCAGGAAGGAGCACUUGUUGAAGAGGGAACUCUUAUAAAGGAGCCCUUGUAAAACACUGGAGAAUUCACACGGGUGAAGGUCCCUAUUCGUGUUCAGAGUGCCUGCAAAUACCUUUUUUAUGAUGUUUUUCUUCUCAGUGUUUCCGGGUAUUGACAGCGCCAUUUGUACUGCUGUUUUCUGAUGUCGUUUCUGACGUCAUUUCCGCCCUUACUGUUUCCCUGUAGGAAAUCUCGCGCAUGGGCCAUAACCAAGCUCCCCUGUGUGACGUCUUUAUUCAACUGCAAGGGGGGGGAGUACAGUAGGUGACUGUGAUAUUGUGUCAAUCUCGCCGCUGUUAUCGGUGAGACUGACACCUGUGAGCCCCGUCGCUGGAGCCAGCGCCGUGCUGGCUGGCUCAUCGUGAAAGGAAAAAUUAUUUUUUUCCUUUCCCAAUGAGCGACAUGACUUGAA